GUGAACUAGCCGUCUGGCCGGCUACUGUCAGUCGCCACACCGAGCUCUGCGAGCGUCCUUCUCAAGUGAGGGAUAGGAAGAAAAGAAAAGCACGCAGUCCCCGCUCUGGGUUUUCUAGGAGGAUUCUAAACUCCCAGCUUGUCGUCUUUUUCCCAGCUUUCCUCCCUCCAUUUCCUCCUCUCUGUCAUUCUCCCAGCACUUGGGUCUAAUUUUGGAAACAUGGAACCUCGGGGAGCGCUCUCCCUAAGCUAUUUACGUCCUUGCUUCUCCUCCUCCUUUUACUCCUCCUCCUCCUCUCUUCUCCCUCUUGUCGGCCAGGGGGGGGAAACGGCAAGAGGAUCCUUUAAUACAGCCGAGCAGAGGAAUUUAACUGCUACUCCGUCGGCGUAUUUGUGUUGUUAGUGGUGGAAGUGAGCGAGCGGCUCCGGCGGCUCCGGCUCCUCCUGCACGGGCCGUAACUGCAAAGUAACUACAUUUCAGCGACUCCAUCCCGGUUGGGAUUCCGCUGGCCGUCCCCACCCUGAGGAUUCAGUGCACCGGAGGAAAGUAACUUUAAAUGCACACUGGUACCGGCCAGCGUCGCUUCAUCAGGAGCCAGCGUCAGUGUUUGUGCGUGGAUCAGGACUCGGGGAGAUCAACACCAGCUUGUAUUUCCUCCUUUACCUCCGCUGUGGCCAGACUUCCUGGAAUCUGCAGCUACAGCCAGCGUUUGUGAGAGGAUUCUGUCUGAGGUGCAGCGGUCAUCACCGCUGAAGCUGGACAGAUCUGCAAGUGCUCCAAAGAAGCGGGAGGGACGGACGCUGCCGUACCUGCAGAGCCACCGACAGGAUUACACAACAAAAGCACACAGAGUUCUUUAUGGAAUUUUCGAUUGAAUUCAAUGUAGCUUUCUGUGCUGGAUUUCAUCUGGAGCACAGAAAACAUUUGCUUGCUUGAAAGUUUUCACUGUAACUAGUUAUCAAUGUUUUUUUGGGGGGUGAAAUUCCCAGCUAAGACAUGCUGGUGUCUCUAAGGAAUAGCUGACUGUUUUAUUUCUUUUUUUUUUUUCUGAAGUGCCAGCUUUCGUACUGGCAUGCUGUUACAUCCCACGGUGUCAGGAUUGUGCGCCAUGUUGCAGACCAUUUAUGAGACUGAGUCCUGUUUUUCCUCUGCAAGCACAGACAGCCAUCACCAGCCCCUGCAGCUCCUGAGUGGUAAAGGGGGCUCCGGCUGUGCCAUGCCCAGCACCGUAGUGGAGGUGAAGAGCACCCUCCCAUCUGGAAUGCAGAGCCCAGUAGGAUCCCCCAGGGAGCAGAGAGGAGGAGGAGGUGGAGAACCCGGUGGAGUUCCUACGGAGGCUCCGGGAGGAGGAGCAGGCCCGGUGGACCUGAGGACGGAGCCCCGGGCCGGGGCCGGGGGGGCCGGGGCCGGGGGGGCCGUGGACACGGCCCUGCGGGAGCAGCAGCUCCAGCAGGAACUGGUGCUGCUCAAGCAGCAGCAGGAGCUGCAGAAACAGCUGCUGUUUGCUGAGUUCCAGAAGAAACACGAGGUGCUAACGAGACAACAUGAGGUCCAGCUGCAGGAACACCUGCAGCAACAGCAGGAGCUGCUGGCAGCCAAGCGGCAGCAGGAGAUGGAGCAGAAGAGGAAGCUGGAGCAGCAGCGGCACGAGGAGCAGGAGAAGCAGAGGCUGGAGCAGCAGCUGCUGCUGCUGAGGAACAAGGAGAAGGGCAAAGAGAGUGCCAUUGCCAGCACGGAGGUGAAGCUGAAGCUGCAGGAGUUUCUCCUCAGUAAGAAAGAACCUGGUCCCGCUGGACUGAACCAUUCCUUCUCCCCAAAGUGCUGGGGGGCCCAGCACAACUCCUUGGAGCAGAGCUCUCAACAGAGUAACACCCCUGGAACUCUAUCGUACAAACUCCCUUCACUUCUGGGGAGCUACGAGGGCAAAGAUGAUUUCCCCCUCCGGAAAACAGUCUCAGAGCCCAACCUGAAGGUGCGCUCGCGCUUGAAGCAGAAGGUGGCGGAGAGACGCAGCUCCCCACUGCUGCGCAGGAAGGACGGAACCGUCAUCAGCACCUUCAAGAAGAGAGCCAUCGAGAUAUCAGUUUCCUCUCUCUGCAACAGCGCUCCAGGCUCCGGCCCCAGCAGUCCCAACAGUUCCAACUCUGCUAUCGCCAACGGCAACACGGGAUCCGUCCCCAACAUCCAGACAGAGCUGAGAUCUCUGCACCAGACGCUGGGGGCUGACGGGACACUGAGCUCUCUGAGUCUGUACACCUCCCCCUCUCUGCCAAACAUCUCUCUGGGCCUCCCGGCCAACACACACAUCACCCCCAACCAGAAACUGUCAACCCAGCAAGAUGCAGAGCGUCAAGCCCUCCAGUCCAUGCGCGGUGGUGGAGCCCUGACGGGGAAGUUUCUCUCCACAUCCUCCCUACCGGCAGGACACGACGUGGAGGCUCCGCCCCCCAGCUCUCAUUCAGCCCAUUCCUCGCUGCUGCAGCACGUCCUCCUGCUGGAGCAGGCCCGGCAGCAGACUGCAAUGCUAGUGCCCAUGUACAGCCAGUCCCCGCUGGUGACGGCAGAGAGAGGCGUGAGCGCCGGCAUGCGCUCCGUCAACAAGCUGCCCCGCCACCGCCCGCUGGCCCGGACCCAGAGCGCCCCGCUGCCCCAGUCCCCCCAGGCCCUGCAGCAGCUGGUGGUGCAGCAGCAGCACCAGCACUUCCUGGAGAAACACUACAAGAUGCUGUCUAAGGGGACAGACCUUCCCCGGCCGCCCCCCACCCACCCGGAGGAGACGGAGGAGGAGCUGACGGAGACCAACGACAUGCAGGAGGACGACGGAGGGCCGGGCUUUCACAGGCUGAAGAAGGAGGAGUCUGACGACAGCUCCCACUCCUCUGAGCACCUGGGCAUGCUGGUGAAGGGCGAGGACGAGCACAGGAGCAUGCACGGCAAGGGGGAGAGCACGGAGAGUGAGCUGGAUGAAGAGGAGGAGGAUGACGAGGUCAUCCAGCUGAGGGAGAGCGAGGAGGACGAGAGGGAGAGCUACAUGCAGCAUUCCUUGCAGCACCUGGGUGUGUUCCAGUCCUCGUUGCCCCACAGACCUCUGGGAAGAGCAAAAUCCUCCCCCGCCACCUCUGUCAAUCCCAUCAAGCACCUCUUCACCACUGGGAUCGUGUAUGACAGCCUGAUGCUGAAGCAUCAGUGUGUGUGCGGCAACGCUCACAUCCACCCGGAGCACGCAGGACGAGUCCAGAGCAUCUGGUCCAGGCUGCAGGAGACGGGCCUGCUGGGUCGCUGUGAGAGGAUCCGUGGGCGGAAAGCCUCUCUGGACGAGAUCCAGUCCGUCCAUUCAGAGUUCCACACUCUGCUCUACGGAACCAGCCCACUGAACCGGCACAAACUGGACCACAAGAAGCUGCUGGGUCCCAUCAGCCAGAAGAUGUACGCCGUUCUUCCCUGCGGAGGGAUCGGGGUGGACAGCGACACCGUGUGGAACGAGAUGCACUCGUCUGCAGCGGUGCGCAUGGCGGUCGGGUCGGUCAUCGAGCUGGCAUUCAAGGUGGCUGCAGGGGAGCUCAAGAACGGCUUCGCAGUGGUGCGUCCCCCCGGUCACCACGCUGAGGAGUCCACGGCCAUGGGCUUUUGUUUCUUCAACUCAGUGGCCAUUACUGCCAAGCUGCUGCAGCAGAAGCUGGGAGUGGGCAAGAUCCUCAUCGUGGACUGGGACAUUCACCAUGGUAACGGCACCCAGCAGGCUUUCUACAGUGACCCCAACGUCCUCUACAUUUCCCUCCACCGGUAUGAUGAUGGAAACUUCUUCCCUGGCAGCGGAGCUCCAGAGGAGGUGGGGUCCGGGGCAGGUGUUGGCUUUAACGUGAACAUCGCCUGGACGGGAGGGGUGGAGCCCCCUAUGGGUGAUGUGGAGUACCUCACCGCCUUCAGGAGUGUGGUGAUGCCCGUGGCCCAGCAGUUCAGUCCAGAUGUGGUCCUGGUGUCUGCAGGCUUCGACGCCGUGGAGGGCCACCAGUCUCCUCUGGGGGGCUACAACGUCUCGGCCAAGUGCUUCGGGCAGCUGACCCAGCUGCUGAUGGGCCUGGCGGGGGGACGGGUGGUGAUGGCGCUGGAGGGCGGUCACGACCUCACGGCCAUCUGCGACGCGUCAGAGGCCUGCGUCUCUGCGCUGCUGGGAGAGCCGUGUGAAUCUGUGUUUCCGUGGCCUCAAGAGCAGCCGUGUCCGAAAGCCUGCACCUCGCUGGAGAGAGUCAUAGAGAUCCAAAGUACACACUGGUCCUGCCUGCAGAGUUUGCCUCAGACCAGUGGCCACUCGCCGAUGGACGGGCCCCUGGGGGUCCAGGGCCCCCUGGGGGUCCAGGGCCAGUCGGAGAAGGACGAGGCGGAGACGGUCAGCGCCAUGGCCUCCCUGAGCGUCGACGUGGAGCAGCCCGCUUCGGAUCCUGCACACACGGAAACCAACAGGCCCUUGGAAGAGCCGAUGGAGGAAGAGCCCGUCUUGUAAGAAGAGCUGGGACUAGAAGCACACAAAGACAGCUUCACCUUCUCCAGCACUUCUUCGUCCUCUUCCGUUUCCCCUCGGCCUGGUGUGCGUGCGUGUACGUGCACCCACGCCCCUGCAGGGCGGGGCUGCGGCCGUGGCCGAGGACCCGACGGAGGCCGGCGAAGACGGCGCGUCCCGCCAGGCCCUUGGAUGCAUCUCUCCUUCUGUGACGUGGGUUUUGGUUCGAGGAGGUGCAGACGCCUUGUCAGCAUCAGAAACCAGUGGGGGGCGGGGCCUCAGCAAGGAUGCAUAUCAAGUACCUUUGUACACUUCACUCCCCGUACACAGCGCCCACCGCCAAACUCCGUUUUGCAUCCACACAUUUCAUCCCUGCUCCUCUGUUUCUGCCGAGGGACGGCGACUCUGGACACGUCUGCUUUUCCUGCCGGACCUCAAGCUGACGGCUGGUCUUCUUGUGCGUCCGGCGGGGCGUCAGAGAAGUGGUUGCCGAGCGGGACGGGUGACCACUGACAAUGAACGGAGGAGGAGGAGGAGGAACUAGGUGCCUUUUUCUGACCACAGUAACAAACCAUCCAAUUAGAAACCACCAAUCACUGCCGCAACACCUCAAGCAAAGCAAAGCCACCCAUGGGGACUGAAGAAACACAGUGAUGCGCACACAAACCCACACACUCACGCCGUCGUUGUUCCGGUGGCUCGCUCCACCACCAGUCUUUCUUUCUCCGUGUCUCUGGAUGCCUUAGUUGGUCCCAUGGCUGUCAGCGUGUGGCGAGGUCAGAGAGCAUCAUGAGGGCUGACACCACCACAUUCUGCUCACUAGACUGACAACAUUCACGGCGGGUUCCUCCCAACCAACGUUUGAUUUGGAGAGAGAGAGUGAGAAGAAAAAGCCUCUAAAGUCAUCACUACCAGCUGGAAAACUUUAUUCUAUUGAAUGUAGUAACAUUUAAAAUAAGAUGAUUCCAGACUUUUCUAGGAUGUGAGUCAGUGUUCAUGGUUGUCCACACGUGUGGGGAAAGUGGUUCCACGUCAGGCCGUCAGGCCGUCAGGCCGUCAGGCCGUCAGUCCUCUCUCUCCCAGUCCCUCGCCUCCAUCCUGGGAUUGUGCAGCGUUUUUAAAACACCACAAUGACCACCUUUCUUUGUUUGCUUGUUUGUUAAUCGUUCUAUUUCCUGUUUGGUGUGAAUAUUGUCCACCGGCCACAUCACAACAUAUGCAGUGUGGCUCUUUUUCUAUAUCUGUACAUACAUAUAUGUAUAAAAUCUAAAUUCUUUCUCUUUUUGUAUAAAAAGGACAAAACUAGUAAGAGAUAUAUAUAUAUAUAUAUAUAUAUAUAUAUAUAUAAAUGGAGCUGAACAACCCCCAGGUGCUCUGGUACCGGUCCUGCGCUGCCCCCCUCAGGUAAACAGCAGGAAGUGCAGAGCUCCUUCAUCACUGACUCAUCUGCAGCACGAGUGGGAAAAAAGAUGAACUGAAAAAUAAGCUAAUGAAAGGAGAAAACAACUGGCAGAGUUUGAAUCUUUAACCCUUGUGCUGUCUUUGGGUCAAAAUGACCCAAUUCUUCUAUCCUUCUUUCCUCCUGCUCUCUCCUUCUUCCUUUCCUCUUUUCCUCCUUUUUUACCCUCCUUUACUCUUUUCUUCCUACCUCCCCUUCGUCAUUCGUUCCUUUAUUACGGUACCUUCUUUGCUUUUCCUUCCUUCUUUCCUUAUUUUUUCCAUUCCUUCCUUCUUCCCUCUCUUCUUUCUUUCCUUUUCUCCCUUCCUUCCUCCCUCCCUUCUUUCCUUUUCUCCCUUCCUUCCAUCUUUUCUCCUUUCCGUACUCCCUUUCCUUUUCUCCCUUCCUUCCAUCUUUUCUCCCUUCCGUACUCCCUUUCCUACUUCCUUCCUUCUUUCCUUCUUUCUUCCUUACUUCCUUCUUUCCUUCCUUCCAUCUUUUCUCUCUUCCUUCAUUCCUUCUUUUCUCCCUCCCUCCUCCCUUGACCCAAAGACAGCACAAGGGUUAAACUUCACGUUUAAUCAAAGGGAGCAGGAAGAUGCCGCUGCUCGCCAAGCGCCGCGAGCACCGUUGACUGACGCGGCUCAUGAACACGCUGGAUAUUAGCCCCCCCCCCCCGCCACGUCUGGACAAGACGGCGAGGAACAAAGACACCAGCUCCUGCAGCAGGUUGCAGCUACCAUUAAUGUUCCAUGUGUUUCACAUGCAGAUGCCUUCGGUAAAAAGGGAGGAAAAAUGUGCCAAAUCUGCCGUUAGAGACACGGAUGUUUACUCACCAAACCCUGGUGGACGCGUGCACCAUUGUUAGCUUAGUUGAGUUUUAACGCAGUUUAAACCCAGACGUGGUGUCAGAACCCGCAGCUGAAGGUUCGCUCCGUCUCCGUUGAUUUCUUACGCUUUUUCUCUCAUGUGCACUUGAACCAGAUACAGGUACAUUUCAACAAAUGAAUUAGAUGCGUAUCUCAGUACGGACUUUUGUUCAUACCUUCCCUCAUUUAGCCCCCUGUGGUCCGAAACGCGGCGUUGAUUACUGUUAGGAAGCUUGUCCAGCUCUCAGCAUAAACAGGAAGAGGAAAGUCAAGAGAAGAGAGAACACCUGAGAUGGACCCCCGACGUUUCCAGCCUCAGCCAGAGGUCCGGUUUAGUUACGGUUGUGUUAAAGCACAACUCGGUAAUCUAAUGCUGACCAACCGGUGCUGGAGGCCAGUCCAAGCGUAAACUAGCCACGAUUAACGUCAGACCGACUGCAGCGCCUGCUGCUUUCCAGCUGGUAUGUCAACACAGGAAAUCAGUGAGAGCUAACAUUCAUAGAGUCUUGAUUAACAGAGCAAGCAAGUCACAAACGGUGUUUGCUGCAGCUGCUUUAGUUGCAACACAUGAUCUGCAAUGUUUUAAACCCAUCAGUAGCAUCUUCACUCUUUCAGUCGUGGCCUUUUCCACCAAACAUGAUCACUGAAGCUGCUGCAGUCACUGCAGUCUCUGCAGUCACAGCAGUUACAGCAGUCGCUGCAGUCACAGCAGUCUCUGCAGUCUCUGCAGUCACAGCAGUCUCUGCAGUCUCUGCAGUCACAGCAGUCUCUGCAGUCUCUGCAGUCACAGCAGUCGCGGCAGUCAGGUGAAGGGCAGUCAAGGGCAGUCUCUGCAUUCGCUGAAGUCAAAGCAGUCUCUGCAGUCGCUGCAGUCACAGCAGUCUCUGCAGUCACAGCAGUCGCUGCAGUCUCUGCAGUCACAGCAGUCGCGGCAGUCAGGUGAAGGGCAGUCAAGGGCAGUCUCUGCAUUCGCUGCAGUCAAAGCAGUCUCUGCAGUCGCUGCAGUCACAGCAGUCUCUGCAGUCACAGCAGUCUCUGCAGUCACAGCAGUCUCUGCAGUCACAGCAGUCGCUGCAGUCUCUGCAGUCACAGCAGUCGCAGCAGUCUCUGCAAUCGCAGCAGUCGCUGCAGUCACUGCAGUCUCUGCAUUCGCUGCAGUCAAAGCAGUCGCUGCAGUCACAGCUGUCGCUGCAGUCUCUGCAAUCGCAGCAGUCGCUGCAGUCUCUGCAAUUGCAGCAGUCGCUGCAGUCACAGCAGUCACUGCAGUCUCUGCAAUCGCAGCAGUCGCUGCAGUUACAGCAGUCACUGCAGUCUCUGCAAUCGCAGCAGUCGCUGCAGUCUCUGCAAUCGCAGCAGUCGCUGCAGUCACAGCAAUCGCUGCAGUCUCUGCAGUCGCUGCAGUCACAGCUGUUGUUGCAGUCACAGCAGUCUCUGCAGUCACAGCAGUCUCUGCAGUCGCUGCAGUCAAAACAGUCGCUGCAGUCUCUGCAGUCACAGCAGUCGCGGCAGUUGCUACAGUCACAGCAGUCGCUGCAGUCACAGCUGUCUCUGCAGUCACAAAUGCCGGCCAGCGCUGGGAGGAGCUGCUACUCAGCUUCCUUUGAUAGUUAUAGCCCUUAAGAAGUUUGUCGAGCUGAACCAGGUGCAGCUGAACUCUCCCUCCUCCACCAGAGGCUCCUCAGUUCAGACGGGGGAAAUAUUUAAGGCGUGGCUUUGCUUUGCCACCUUAAAUUACUGCAAUAACUUUCCCCAAAACUGACAAAUCACAUGGUGCACAGUGGAGGCGGAGCUCAGGACCUGAACCGCUUACACCGAGAGGCUAACUCUGCUAAACAAUGACUUCAAAUCUCUUAACUUCAUUUCCCAGGAACCUCUGCAGCGUUGCAGCUGCUACGUCUGUGGUCGGCACAGACAAGGACUCAGUGUUGCCAUGGUCACAGCAUCUCCUCUUUCAUGAUCCGUGAGGCUCCUCUGUGCUUUCUGACGAAUGGAGUGAAUAAACAGUUUUGAUUGGUCUAAAGAUUGAUUGGCUGGUUGCCCUGUCUCUGAGGUAUGUUUGUACUAAUAUAAACACUAAGGUGAUUCCUGCAUUAGUCCAGCAGCAGGUGAUGCCAGGCCUGGCCCCGGAGGGUUGCUGGGGAAGAAUGAGUUUAGGACUGGGAGAGGACGCGUGAAACGUGAGGCGCGUUUUCCGUUUCUCUGACGGAGAUGAGUAGCGGGGGUGCAGACGAGCCAGCAGCCACUGCAACCAUAGUCAGGGAGGCCAUUCAUGUCUAAAUAUUUCUACAUUUUCCUCUAAAUAUUUUCACCUUGAGAUAUUCAAAUACAGGUUGAUUAAAGUGUGGACCCGUUGGGUGGAUCUGGCCGUCAGUUCUGCCAACAGUAAAGUACUUAAGUACUUUGUUGGGACAUUUGGGAGAUUGUGGAGUGGAGCAGAGCUGAUGCAGGACCGGACUCAGAACCCCGUGGUGAUGAGACCAACGCGCUGCUGAACCGCUGCUAAUGCUGCUAAUAGGGGUCCAGCUGUGAGCACGGGUCCAGUUAGGGGUCCAGAGAUGGUUCUGGAUCAGUUCUGACGCUCAAUUCCUCAUGAAAACAUCUAGAGAUCAUUUACAAAUAUGAAGUCAUGAUGUUAACAGGGUGGACAGAUGUGGUUGUGUCUUCACUGUUGCUACUGCACACACACACACACACACACACACACACACACACACACACACACACACACACACACACACACACACACACACACACACACACACACACACACACACACACACACACACACACACACAGACUGUGUUUUUCCGUGCGUUGAUGCGGUAUAUUUCUCGCCAUGUUUGCUACUGUGUUGCUACUGGGGGGGACGUUUGGACUCGUGUGCGGCGCCUGCUCUCCAUCUUUGACCUCCCCCUGUUUUUGGGGCAGGUGUUCUCUGUACCUUUUUUGGUCCGGCUGGCGACUGAAGCGGAUCACAAGCACAUUCCUGACUCUUCUCUGUCCGGCUGGCGUUCCUCCACUUGAUUUCCCGUUGCAGCGAUACGUGUCUAGUUCUGGCUGUGUCACAUGUAUAUAAAGUGAAUAUAUGUGUACACAAUGUGCAAUACACGCUAUUCAAGCAAUCUAUUACUGUGACUAAUAUUGUUGAUGAGAAUUGUCACUCUUUGAGGUGUUCAGCCUUGUUUCCUCCUCGUCCGACUUCCUGUUGAUGGUUCUGCUGCAGGAACUUAAAAAGGGAAGGUGACCGUUGUGAUUCACACCUGUUGGACAUUUUAAUGAAGCCCUUUUUAUAUUUCUUUCACUGUAAUGUUGUGAUGUUGCUCCUGAUGAAAUGUUUUCUUUUUGUUUGUAUUUGUUCUUUUGUUUGUUUGUUUUUUUUAAGUGGGCUUGUUGUUAAAUUUGUCUGGAAAUUCAAUAAAGCAAUUCACAGACCCUU